UCAGGUACGACGCGGCGAGGCAGGCCCAUUGUGUUCGACCCCUACUGACCGGUGACUGAGCAUUCUCUACAGGUACAAAGUGCGGCGUCCAUCCGGCCACCCGUCGUGAUCACGCAGUUGCCGCUCUCAGCCCAAUCUUGAAAAGCCAGCGGCCGUCCAGCUCAUUCUAUCCAUUGUCAUCUGCAGAUACGUCACCCAAGAAAAGCACCGAGCACCGAGCACCGAGCAUCGAGCACCACCUUUGCCCAACAUGUCGGCCGUCGACUUUUCCCAGCUUACCCCGGAGAUGCUAGACGCCAUGCUGGACAUGCCAGUCAUGGCUCCGCCGGACAAUGAAGUUAGCAACUUCAUCAACCCUCCCAACCAGAACGGCAUGGCUGUAGCAGUCAUAACCGUAUGUAUGACCGUCGUGGUGCUCUGUCUGGCAAUCCGCGCCUACGCCAGGCUUGUUCUCCUGAAAAGGGUACAAGUUCAAGAAUACUUAAUCCUGACUGCAUUUGGGUGUUUGGUCGGUUGGGCUUAUUGCACCAUCAAAAUAGUCCACAGCCCGGGAUACUAUGUUCACACAUGGAAUGUCAAGCUUCGACAAACGGUUGAGUUGGGUUACCUUGUCCACCUCGCCGGUAUCUUCUACUCGGUCUGCCUUCCGCUUCUCAAGAUAUCCAUCAUGGUGGAGUGGCUGGGUAUGUUUGUUUCUCGAGGCAAGAGAAACUGGUUCUUCUGGGUUUCCUGGAUCUUGAUCAGCAUUCAGAUUGCGUUCGCGGUCGGCGCCGUGAUUGCUCUGAACCUAGCCUGCAUCCCGACCAAGAAGAAGUGGGAGUUCUGGGUUCCGGGCAAGUGUAUCAACGCCCACACUAUCGAGACUGUCUCGGCCACCUUCCAACUAGUUUCGGACUGUAUUGUCCUCAUCCUUCCUCAGAAGGCCAUCUGGGAUCUCCAGAUGAACUGGAAGAAGAAGGUCGGUGUGUCGGUCAUCUUCUCCCUCGGUGUGUUGGCUUGUGUCUCUGCCGCCUUCCGUCUUGCCGUCACUGUCCAAUAUGCCGAAGCCGUCGACUCCAUCUACAAUAUUGGCCCCGUUUGCUUCUGGGCCUACGCUGAGAUGACGUGCGGUUUCAUCGUCGUCUGCGUCCCUUGCGUGCCCAAGAUCCUCUUGGAGAGCGGUGUCUGGCGCAAGGUGAAGAUGGGCCUUGGCAUGAGCGUCACCGCCGGUACCGCUGUCAACAGCAAGAACCAGACGGGUGCCAGCACGAUGAGGUCCAAGAACAUGCGCUCUGUCAACAAGUCGUACCUGGAGAUCGACGACGACACCGAGUUGAAGAACCUCAGCUCCGAGUCCACGGAGCACCUCCGCGACCCCUACGCCACCAAGCCCGAGAAGGGCAUCGUUCGCACCACACACGUGACGAUCACGCAGAACUCGGACAUCCCGAGCGGCGACGAGACCAUGUACGACCACCGCCAGAUGCAGUGGAGGUAGAAGUUCCCCGUGGCUGGGACCGCGCCACGCAACUGUAUGUACAGUACAUGUCAGAGCCACUUGUGUAAUCGGACAGGCCUGUAACCAUGGAAGUUCCUUUCUGUACUAAAAACAUUGUACUUUAUCUCACUUGGUAGCCUCGGAUUGAUCUUGAUCUCUGAACCUCAAGAAGACGGAACUCA